ACGACCGAAGUCACUAGGCGGACUUAUAAUAUGAUCGUUAUAGGCCCAAACCAUAUACAUAUCCAUGGGUUUCCAUUCCAACAUUUUCAGGUAAUGAGAUUUAUUAAAAACAAGGGCAAAAGAGGGAAUGAUGGAAACAUAAGCUUCCUAACUGUCACUUUACUCCACCGCCAAGUUAAUGUCACGUGCCCAGCACUCUCCAAUCGAAGAACAAAGCAACCUGUGCGUGUUCUGCACGCGACCAGAACAGAACGGCAUCCGGGUUUUUGUUAACGAGUGCUUUCCUUUUCCUCACUUCUCAGAAAUAGAAUCUCAGACCGAGUGUCAUUUGGUAUUUUUACCAUUUACCAUUCACAAAAAAAAUAACUUCGUGAAGAAUCAGAGCAGGUCUCCAAUGGCGGACAAGGAAGAGCAAGAACAGACAGGGCCGACGACCUCGUACGAGCUGUUCCUGAGAGUGAUUAGCAAGAGAAGAACAUGGGUCUGCCUGUUUUUGCUUGUUUACGCGACCCUUUUGUCGUCUUCGUGGAAUUCGCUCAAUUCGAUACUCAACUGGUACGGAAGCCACCGUGAUUCCUCCGGUUUUCCGGCGGUUUACGCUUCGGUGCUACUGGGGGGAGUGUUCGGAGUACUUUCGAUGGCGGCGGCUCUGUCGGUGGCGGUGCCGGCGAUCGUCGUGAUUUGGAUAUCCGUCGUCGUUUCGAUGGCAUUCGCGGGAAAAUCGAAGAGGAGGUUAGUGGUUGAGGGGAGGAAAGUGACGAGAGAGAUAGCUGGUUUUGUGUUUAGGGUUCUUAUCAAAGAAGGCAAUUUUGUGGCUCUUGUCUGUGCCGUGCUUGGCUACUUUGCCUUCUUCAACAGAUCUUCUGCUUAGCAUUUUUUGCACUUUCGAGUUCUGGUCGAUUGCAGAUCUUACGAGUAAUAUCCAACCUUUCUAUGAGAUUUUCUAUCCAUUUUUUCUUUUUAUUUAAAAAAAAAAAUUGAAUCCGGCCUUUGCCUAUGCCUCCAUCUUUUUUGGAUU